CUUUGACCAACCACGUUUUUGAAUGUUGUGAUCUUUUAACUUUUCGUGUUUUUAUUUUAAUAAUUUCGUUUUUAAAAUCAAUAAAGUUUGGCAUUUGCAAUAAAUAUUUAAGUUUUUGAUUUUUAUAGAGAAAAUUUGCGGUGUUAAACAGUGAACAAGAGCGGCAGCUGAUCAGAUUUUAAAAUGUUGUUAAGAAAGGCUAUGGAUGUUGAUGUGGAAUUGAUAUACGACGAUAGUCCAACCAUUCAAAGAGAAGAUAGACCAAGAUCUCGAACAUGGCCAAUUUUGCCUUCUCCUAUAGAAACAAUUCACGAAAACGAUUAUAACGCUGAUAUUGGUAGUUCAUUACGACCUGCUAUUAUAGAAGAAAAAGAAGUCGAAGAAGACGCUAGUGAUAAUUUUAAAAAAAAUGAGCAAAACCCUCGUAAAAUCUCAAGAAAAAAUGCAUGGGGAAAUUUAUCUUACGCAGAUUUAAUAUGUCAGGCAAUCCAAGCGUCACCUGACCAACGUUUGACUCUUUCGCAAAUAUAUGACUGGAUGGUGAGAAACAUAUCAUAUUUUAAAGAUAAAGGGGAUUCUACAUCAAGUGCAGGUUGGAAGAAUUCUAUUCGUCAUAAUUUAUCUCUGCACAGUCGAUUCAUGCGUGUUCAGAAUGAUACCAACGGAAAGAGCUCGUAUUGGGUAAUAAACCCAGAUGCAAAAGCAGGGAAAUCUAGUCGGCGCCGCGCUGGUUCAGUCGAUGGACAACCUAAGGAAAAAAAUAAAAGAGUGCGAACUAAGAAACAUCAUCAAAGCAUUGAUGACAUCACUUCUCUUUCUCCAGCGAAUACACCGUUAAAGCAAAAUCAUUCUUACGAAAAUCUCUUAAGCGUAUCUUCGCCGUGUUCUAGCACUGAUUCUCUUUCAAAUGUUGAAGAGAUUAGUUCCGAACGUGUUUGCAGUCCCAAUUACGCAUCUUCUGAUAUUAAUAGUCCUUAUACUGGUGAUAGUUUUGCCCGACCACGCUCGACUUCGACAGUAUCUGUUCAAAGUAACAUUAAUCCAUCCGAACUUGAGGAUGAUUUAAAGCGCAUAGAUCAACAAAGCGUAAUAUCGUUUCGUGUUGAUGAUGAGUCGUCCGAUCAAUUUAGCCUAAGUUCAAUUAAUCUAGAUGAUUCAAUGAAAAAAAUAACAGAAAAAAAACUGUCGAAAAGCGAAGAAACAAAUUUUUUAUUAUCAAACCGUCAAAGUACUGACUCUUUUACGAGUAACGACUCUGGGUAUGACGGUUCUGUUUAUUUUUCACCACAUUCAAAUUUCAAUAGAUGCGGCCAAAAUUUACCGAUGAUAUCUUCUCCUAACAGCAUAACACCAUUCCAACAAACUGCAUACAAUCCCGGAUUUCCGAUGCAAGUACGUGAUAUAAAUCAAAAUAGUUAUUUUAUGCACCAACAAUUUGAUACCACUUUUAAUGGUGAUAAUUUUGUACGUUCGCCAAGCAGACUUAAACAUUAUGACGCUAAUAAAUCUUAUAAUACGUUAGUAAACAAUAUUAGCGAAAACUGUUCAUCUAGUCAAUCUUAUAUUUCCAAAGGGCAGAGAGUAAACUUAGACGACUGCUUUUAUAGUCAAAAUACUCUGCCCUCGCAUAACGUAUAUGACAUGCUUGAUACCAUUCCGAGCGACUUAGACCAUGUAAAGCUCUACAGCUUUGAAGAUCCUCAUCAAUUAGCAAUAGAUUUAAACCAGAUAAUUGAAAACGAUUUAAAGGGGUCCUCAACAAAUUUAAAGUCACUUUGUGAGCCCAUUGUUAAUAACAAUACGUCGUCAACUUCGAGUGAUUUUAUUUAUCAAAACUGGGUUAGGUAAUAAAAAUAUUAUAAAGCGGUACAAUUACCAUGAGAACGUUUUUGUUUGAGCAAGUUCUAAUGAACUCAGGAAAAGUUCUAUAUGGAAUGAAAUAUGGUAUAUAAAAAAGGCGUUUUUAGAAAUUUUGAAACAAAUACUAAAAUUUUGCCCCAUUCCUAAAUCACAAGUUUUCAUGGAAUCACGGCCAUUGGAUUCACGGCACUCAUAUUACCUAAAAAUGCUGUUUAAUAUUUUUCAAAUUUUUUUAAUUUUUUUUUUGUCAAAUAUUUUUUAUUUUUAAAAAACAAUUUAGUUAUUAUGCGUUAUUAAAUAAAGUGUGGUGUCAU